AUGGACAACUAUUCAAGCGCUGAAGCGAUGGCAAAAGACUUUGACAAAGAUGGAGGACCUGAGGUUCACCUCAAAGGUGGAAAGAGGACAAAGAAUGAAAUCAUUGAGCACCAAUAUGGACAUCCAGAAGGGGAUUCAAGGAGAAUUGUUGAGCAUGCGAUCAAUGCAAAUAAGAAACGACAAGAACAACAGCAGUCCUUUGAG